AUGGGUCACAACGACCAGGAGAAUGAGGGUGAAGAGAGACCGUCAGAGAGACGCCACAGAUCGAAGACCGAGAGAGACCCCAACCGUCCUCGAAAGACGAGACCCAGAAUCAUCGACCCGGAGACUGGCGAGGUUAUUAGGUCGUCCCACCGACGCAAGAGAGAAAAAGGGUCGGAGAAAGGCAGUGAGAGAGGCUCUGAACCAUCAACCUCUAUGGCAGACCUGGUGCCCGAGCUGUCGCGGACGGCGUCUGCACCUGGUGCGACAUCCAGAGGCAGCUUGCCAUAUCCCAGCUUCAAUAAGACCUAUAGCAAGGAGGCGGUCAGCAGAGACGACGUUCGAUUGCCUGCCGCGGAUAAGAAGAACCCAUAUACCCCGGAUUCCACCGACCUCGGCUCCCCAGAGAAGGGCAGAACCAGAUCCACCGAUACCCUGAAUCCAAAGCCUGGAAACGUCCAGAAGGACGGUCGGCCCCCAAGCCCCCCCGAAACCGAGGUCUCGCAGCAGAGAAAGGCCUCUUUCAGCCGGAUGCCCAAGGUUCAAGAGGAUGCAGAGAAAGAGGCUAGACCGGAGUCGCGAAAUUCGUGGUUCGCCAAAUUGGCAAGCCAGGACCAAAUCAAGGAGACGACCACCCGAUCAAAGAUUUCUACAAAGUCCAAGAGCUCGAAGCCCGACCCUCCCAUCAAAUCUCCACCUAUGCGGAAUGGAAAGUCGACUGAUGAUUUAAGAGUUCGGGAUUCGGGGAUUGGAUCUGGGGUAGAUUCGAAUGUCACCUCGGUUGCUCCAAAGCGGGACCAGGGGAAGAAAGAUACAUCGAGCAAGCGCCCACCUGUCUUGGACACGGACUCUUCGCCGGACUCCGCACAAGACUCGUCACCAAGAACUCCGACGCAGACUCCUCAAAUCCCCCCGCCCACUGCUGCCAGUAUCAAGCCCGCUCCGUCAGCUUUCUUUCACUUGGGAGGUCAAGAUGCUGCUUCUUGUGCAGACGACUCACCACAGCCCCCCCCACCUCCACCGCCUCCAAAUGUACCGGUCAAUGUUCCUCGGGUCGACUACUUGAUGCAGAAUGGCGGUCUACUUCGUCCGGUUCCCAAGACCUUGCUCUCUGCCGCUCCGGCCCACUCUCCACAACACAACGGCGCGAGAGAGGCUGCGACCAUUCCUUCAGAGAUCGAGAAGAUAUUCGGACCAUUCUACAGCGUGUUGAAUCAGUAUGAGACAGUCAUUAACAAGAACGGGUCGCUGGCCGUUGCUACUGGGUAUCGGUCUGUUGCUCGUAGAUUGCUUGAUCGAUUGGAGAACGUCUUCAACCGGGACCUCUCUUCGGAAGGCUGUGCGUGUGUGAUGUGUCAACACCCAGACCUUGCAACUCACGAGGGCAGUCGAGGCCUGGGAUGGGGAGAGGUCUUGGAGUGGGUCAGCGGUCGACGUGAGCAUCCUGUUUGGCCAGCCUUUGAUUUUGCAACCUUGGGUGUUCGGGCGGGAGAGGAUCUGUCAAGCGGACUUGGUAUUUCUGGAGAUGGUGGACCUGAGAGACCGAGCUCCCCCGUCAAGAUGGAUCCCGAUAUUGGUGAGCAAUUCCGCGAGCACUACCUUGCACAGUACAAGAAGAAAAAGCUUGCUAUUGAUAAAUGGCUCUCGAGCUGUCCUCAAACUGCGGCUACUCCUCCUCAGGAAGUCGAUGACGAGACCUUGUCCUUUGCCAUCCUCACCCAUCUGGAUCAGCACGACCGACCAAUCUUCAAUGCCUUGGUUUCUGGAUCUACGGUUAUACAACCAGUUUCCCGGGCACCUCAAGCAAAGCCCCGCUCGGAGUUCAUGGUCAAGACAGUACACUCGAUUCAGAGACUGUACCGACUUCCCCACCCUCCCCGAGACCCUGAGGCGGCGAUCUACUUGCUGAAGAAUCCUAACCUCCACAACCUGUUGGCGACGAUGUCAAGCAUCAACGCUUCGGAAUGGGAGAUUCUGACUUCGGGUCGCUUUGAUGGCUUCUUGUGGUCUGGAGCUGAUGAUUCAGCGAACCCUCCAUCCCGGGGACCAACGCCAGCAAAUGGUGUGCCAUUCCGCGGCCCAAUGUCUCGAAACAACACGCCGUUCUCGCCCAUGCGUAACCACACGUUCUCUCCUUCCAUCGGAGGCUUCCAGUCCCGCGGUCCCACGCCCUUUGCUCAAAACCGCCAACCCGUUUCUAAUGAUGAAGAAACUGAGAUCGCCGUACUUGCCGAAGUCGAGCGCGAGAUCUACCUCAGCAUGGAGGCUUUGGAGGAUGCUUUCGAAGGUUUGCACCGCAAGGCUGAGACGGUCCGUCGGGCUCUUCGGGAACGCGGCGCAGGUCUUUCGAUGUCUCUGCAGUCCAGACGGCCGGCUCCAAAUAUCAUCAGCGCUUGCACACCUGGCUGUCCCCCUUCCGGAUUGGGACCGGGAUACGAGAGACAGAACUGGGGAGAAGGAAGUGAGAUCUUCAGUGAGAGUGAUUGGGAGCCCGAAUCAGAGCUGAUGAGCGAGUUGGCACCUGAUGAUUCAGCAAGCAACAUCAGCAGCGCUCGACACCGACGACCCAAGAGAAGAAAUGAGCGGAGAACACCUGCUCUUGUGGAGGAGGAAGACGAGGACUAA